UUUAUAAAAAAUAUUAUUUUUUCUCUAUUUUUUGUUGUCAAUAUUCAACAAAAACUUUAUAUUUAUUUAAUCUUUCCUCCUUUCUUUUUAAUAUUUUCAUGCCAAUUCCAAUUAAAUUUUAAUAUUUAUCUAUUUUCUCCUUUUUUGGCCAAGAAUCACACACACACACAAACAUUUUUAUUUUUAAAAGCUUUGCUUGUCUCUCAAGUUUUUAUAAUUAAUGCUUCUUCUUUUUCCACAAAUCUUAAAAAAUAAAAAUGUUCUUCUCUUUUUUUGUUAAUUAAUUAAAUUUGAGAUUUUUUGUUGUCAAUUUGAAUUUUUGUUUUGUUUAAAAUAUUAAAUGACAGAAACAAAAAAUAUUUUUUUAUUUACAUAUUUUUUGUGAAAAUAAUUUUAAAUUAAUUUUUAAAAAUUUUUAGUUUAAUUUUUAAUAUUUUUAAAAAAUGGGAAAUACUCAUCCAAAUGGUGGAGGGAAUUAUUCUAGCCCAGCAAUAAAUACAAGCGCAUCGAAUUCAAUCCAAAAAUCCGGAAAAUCUACUCGAUUUAAAAUGACAGAAAUUUUGGGUUUACGACGUCAAUCGACAGGGAAUGAAGUAAUUAAUUCAAUUAAAAUAAAGAAUAAUAAUUAUCGUUCAUUCACUCAAAGUGCCCAUCAAUCUAUAGAAAUUUGUGAACAAUUCAAUUCCUUCAAAGAAGAAAAUAAAAUAAUUAAAAAUAAUAAAAAUACUUCCUCACUUCCACAAAUUGAAAUAAAUGGAGUUAAUCAGGAAAAGGAAAUUAAUGAGGAAAAAAAAAACAAUUCUGAUAUUCAACAAAAUACAGAAAUUAAUUUAGAAAUUAAUUCUUUAAAUAAUCAAAAAGGAGAAGGGGAAUGUUUUGCAGCAAUCCCUUUAUAUUUUAAACAUAAAGCCCAAAAAGUUGAUUCACGCAAAAUAGCUGCCAAAAAACGUCUUGAAAGGGGCCAAACGACUAGCGGUUCUGAUAAUUCUUCACAAAAUGCCAAAAAAUCAUCAUUCUCAGAAAGAACACUUGCCAAAUCAUUAGAUAAUAAAUACACAGACAAUAAUUUUUUAUUUGAUUUGAAACCUUUACAAUCAAAUAUAAAAUGUUCUCCCAAUCACCAUUCACAACAACGUUUGGGAAGUGUUGGAAAUGUUUUUGGAUUAAUUAAUUUAAAUAAUCGUUUAUUUUCCUCGAAUAUUGAAAUUAAUAUUUUAAAUUUUGAGGUGAAUUAA